AUGGGCUUACCAAAUUUUGUAAUAGAUUUUCAUAUGCAUGAUGACUGCAAGCAACUGAAGCAUGCAGCCAGAGCAAAAGUUGCCAAGACUAAGACUGCAAAGAAAGCGAUUCUAGAUGCUCAUGGGGUGCAAUUUUCUGUGCUCAAUGAGCUCCCAGGCUGGCUUCCCACCUCACUCAUCAAACAGUUUAUCUAUGAUGAAAUCACUGUAGGAUACCUGCUUGACAGUGUGGGAUUGGAAUUAUAUGAGGUGACUAUUAGGUCAAUCAUCUGGCCAUUGAUUCUAGACAAUGAUCAUGCCCUUCCAAAAGCUGAUCAAUGGUGUUGCCUCUCAAACAUACUCCCAUUUGUCCUCAACAGCAAGAACCAACUUACAUUUCAGUGUAAUGUACAAGCAAUCUACAAGUUGUAUCUUUACCUGGCAGUCUCUGAAUGUAUCCUUGCAAACAAGUCAAUGUUGUCCCUCAGUGUCCACCAAACAAUCAAUAGCCAUCUUGCAAUGCACUACUCAGUUGUCUUUAAGCAUUAUGGCCCUGCUUAUGCAACCUGGCUCUUUGGAUUUGAAUGCUUCAAUGGUGUCUUGGAGGAUGUAAACCUCAAUGGGCAUGGUGGCAGAGAGAUGGAGUGUUCACUUGCUCACAAUUGGAUUGAGAAACAUAGUUUAUAUGAGCUAGAAAGCUAUCUCCCUACCUGA